UCACGACUCUGUGGUAUUCCUGCCCCUGACGCGUACAACCCAGCCUUCCGCGCUAGGCGUGGCCGUCCGGCGACCUAGCAACGGCCCUCGAUGGUCCAGCGUCGUGGACAACGUGAGUACCGUCCGUCCGUCCACCGCGCUCGUCACCGCCCGGGUAACCCUCGCUCCGUCAAUUGGUCCACGUUUGGCCGCAGACGGCGUUCCUCGACCAGCCCGCGCAGAUCGCAGCUGUCUACCGUCCAGCCCUCCACGUGUCCGUCCUGACUUGUUCGUGGUCCGUCGUCGUAUGCUUCCCGCUCGGCUUGAGGCGAGAUGAUGAUCGUAGACGGCCCGCGGGGAGCAGCAGAUGCUACGUCCGGGGCCAGCGAUCGUCGUGGGGACACGUCCCGAACGGGCGCGUGUUGAUCGGCGGGCGUUGCGGGAGGGUUAUGCGUAGUGGCUCGGUGCGAUUAGAAGAGGACCGCUCGGUGUUGCGGGGCGGCCAGAGGGACUCGGGCGGGCUCCCAGCAGCAAGCCGUGCUGAUCGCGUGUGGCUUGCUCGAGGCGCCAGCGAUCGAGCGAGCGCAUGUAGCACUGACAACCAGCUGCCCAGUUCCCGAGCUGCGACGCGCUGGGCCUGCGUUUUGUGGUAUCGAGGGAUGACGGCUGAGGACAAUGCCCGAGAGGAGGACACGCUCCCCGCCGGGACGUGCAGAUCGCUGCCUCGCAGCGAUCCGUGCAUCCAGGUGAAUGGAGCAUGUGUCCCCGGUUUGCGCACAGCCGGCUGGAAGUCGAUCGCGGUCGCAAGUGAUUCGGUGUACGCGACGAGUCUGUCGGUUGUGCGGGGUAUGAUGUCCCCGCUGCUGGGUCUCGUCUUCUGCGCAGCGACGCGCUGUGCCGCCAUCAUUCGCCGUGUGCACCGUAUUCGAGGGUUCCAACGUGCACGAUCGGGGGUCAGGUGUGAGGAGACAACCUCGUCUCCGCGUAGAGAAGUCCGUAGGUCGUUCACGCAGCCCGCGGCACGUGCGAUGCAUAAGUGUUUUGAAGAGCGAGCAACACGAGGGAGGACGAGGGCUGCAAGAGGUCACAGAGGAUGCGAGACGGGCCGGAAGGGACGGCGAAAGGCAAUCGGGUGCUAGAGAAGAACGACGCCACGGGCGAGAGUGGCGGUUACGUGCGGGAACGUGGAGUGUCGCCAAGAUCGAGGGCCCUAUGCUCGUCUCCUCACAAGCGCGUCCGCCUCCCCACAGUCCUGUACGCUCGGUGCUCGACACUUGAAUGCGGGGUAGGUAUGUGCGCGGGAAGGAUCUUGUACUCGGUGAGGAACCCGUCGACGGGUGCGCCGCGGCCGCAGAACUGGGGGUAGGAAGCGCCGGGCUCGG